ACCACACUGGACGCUCUAUUUUCGAAGAACUUGAUACGCGCGUGAAAUUUUGCAAAAGUUUUUCCCCUGAAAAAAAAUAUCGCGACAACCUUCGGGGAAAACUCUCUGAUAGCCGAUAGCGUGUUUUUAUAGUUAUCAUAGUAAUUUAGGCUAUUGUUCAGCUUUAAUCCAACCCGAAACAGGCCUAUCAAAACAGAGAGCGAUUAAAACUGUCCCAAACGCCACCCGCCAAUCGCUACCGGGCGAUCAAAUUAAAAAGUGAUUGAUGUUACUUAUUUGGCAGUAGUGCUAGCGUCGUUGAUUUUAUUUUUGUUCGACUCUCUAUCUUAGCCAUUUUACUCAGAUAAGUCCAUUUUUACAGUCAUUUGGCAAGUGAUUUUGUGGCUCGGGGGUGAAACUGCAUGUGCGCCGACUGUUGGCGGAAAAAAGGCUCUCGGAAUAUAGAUGGUCUUAAUUGAAGCCUUGGUAAAUGUCAGUGCUUUUAUUAUCUUCAUGUUUCGGUGUUCAACUUUCAUAAGUUUCUUGAAAGGUUGAAAGGUUGUGGAAAAAUUAAACGACUCAACAAAAAAAAAAACAACAAUCGAUCAAAACGGCUGCCCUAACACAAAGUUUAAUCAAAAGGUGGUUAUUCAAAAAAAAGCAAAACGUUUGGGUAAACAUUUGUAUCCAAAAUGACGGAAGAUAAGACGAAAACAGACCUGCCGGUGCCGCAGUUUGUGCCCAGUGACUUCAAUUCAACAACAAAACUCGCAGACAACCAAACCGAAUAUGACGACUACAAUCCGUUUGAACAUCGAGAAAUCGACAAACCAAAUAGCACAACCGGCUCUCUCAUUCACCUCCUCAAAAGUUCCCUGGGAACCGGUAUUCUGGCCAUGCCGGUAGCUUUCAAAAAUGCCGGUCUCAUCUUCGGUGCCGUCGGAACCAUCAUCAUCGGGCUGAUCUGUACCCACUGUGUCCACAUUCUGGUAAAAACUUCACAUGACGUAUGCAAAAGGACAAGGAUACCGGUGUUAGGCUUUGCAGAAACUGCCGAACGAGUCUUCCAAUAUGGACCUGUUAAGCUGCGGAAGCUGGCUAAUUUUUCAAAGCUUUUCGUGGAUUACGGCCUGAUGGCGACGUACUUCAGCGCUGGUUGCGUGUACAUCGUCUUCAUUGCCAGCUCCCUGGCCAAGGUCAUCAACGAGAUGGCCGAGCUGGACUGGAGCGUCCGGAUCUACAUCCUGUUCACGAUGAUUCCGAUCCUGGCGAUCGGUCAAAUCCGUGAACUCAAGUUCCUGGUGCCGUUUUCGGCCAUGGCCAACAUCUUCAUCGUCAUCACGUUCGGCAUCACCCUGUACUACAUCUUCGAGAAGCCGCUGGAGUUCGACGAUAAGCCCGGAUUUUCCUCGUUUGCCACUUUGCCGCUGUUCUUUAGUACUGUCAUUUUUGCGAUGGAGGGUAUCGGUGUAGUUAUGCCGGUGGAAAAUUCGAUGGCCAAGCCGCAGCACUUCCUUGGUUGUCCCGGUGUCCUGAACACUGCCAUGGGAACCGUCAUUACCCUGUACGCUCUGAUCGGAUUCUUCGGAUAUGUGCGAUACGGAGAGCUGGCCGAGGGUAGCGUCACCCUCAAUCUACCUGUUGCUGAUGUUGCCGCCAAGGUAGCCCAAGUCCUGAUCGCGUUGGCCAUCCUCUUCACCUUCGGACUUCAGUUCUUCGUACCGAUGGAUAUUUUGUGGAAGAAAAUUAACGCCAAAAUUCCCGAGAAGCGUCACAACCUGGCCCAGAUUGGAAUCCGAACCGGAAUUAUGAUCGCAAUGGGAGCUAUCGGUCUGGCCGUGCCGGAUCUGGAACCCUUUAUCGGGUUGGUCGGUGCCAUCUUCUUCUCCAGUCUGGGUCUGUUGGUGCCAUGUGUCGUAGAGACGGUUUUCCUCUGGCCCGGUGAACUCGGUCGGUUUAAGUGGAUCCUGGUGAAGAACGUUAUUUUCGGUGCCUUCUCGAUAUUCGCCCUGGUCUCCGGUGCGUUUGUCAGUAUCGAGGAUAUCAUCAAGCUUUACACCGAAGAGAAGCACUAAUAGGUAACCGAGCUACUGGAUAAUAUCGGCACUUGAUACACGGAUUACCCCGGAUAAUUUUCGACGCUCGGAAGGAUUCUUUCCGAUGUUCGAAAUUGAAACUGGAACUCGAUGGACCAAAACCGUUUUCAAGACAGACGAAUGAUUUCAUUCAACCAAACUGUAUGCAGGGCUUCAACAGUGUGAUCUAGUAGAAUGCGAUUUACGUAUUAUUUUACAGUAUUUUAAGCUGUAGAUUUCAAAAGUUAAACUACACGAUAUACAUAGGUCAUCGAACACUUAUUGGUUUUAUUGAUAGUUAAAUGUAAGUUUUAAAUAUAAAAAAGUAUUAAAUACAAUUUUUACUCAAAA